GCUCGCACGAAUCAACCUGUAUUGAAUGGCGUCUCUUGUGUGAUGUAUGUGUCCUCCACGUAUGUACCUUUUCUCCAUAUAGAUAAUAAAACCCCGUUCAUGCCACGUCACCACUCUUUCUUUUCUUUUCUUUCAAUCUUCCUUCUUCUCUGCUCUCUGCAAUAAUUCCCUCCAAUUUUCCAUUCUAUCUCUUCCGAACAUGGCAAUUAAACUACACCACAAUAAUUUUCCAUCGUUAAGUUCGUCGAAUUCUUGGUUUUCGAAAGAUCAACGCAAUGCAGAAACAAAGGUGUUGAACUUGCAUUGCCAGUUACUAAAACAGUGGAAAAUUUCGAAAAAGAGAUGUUUCGCGCGUAAUGCUUUGUUUUUGAACAGUGAUAAUGUUUUAGUAGGUUAUAGAGAAUAUUCUUUGAAAUUUUAUAAACCUUGGAGAAAGGUAAAAAACAAUCUGUUAUUUUCAUCUUCUGAUGAUGGUCUGACUGUGAAUGAGGAAUCUCAAGGUAGUAGCAGUAGUAAUACUACAGACCUUGAGAAGAUGAGGCUGAAAUUGAGUAAGCCAUUGGUAGAUGAUGAUUUUUGUGAGGGGAUUCUGCAAUCUUUAUAUGAUGCUGCUAGGGUUUUUGAGUUGGCAAUGAAAGAGCAGAACUCGUUCACAAAAGAAUCUUGGUUUUCAACAGCUUGGUUUGGGGUAGACCGAAUUGCCUGGGAGAAGACACUGUCAUAUCAGGCUGCUGUGUACUCCUUAUUGCAAGCUGCAAGUGAAUUUUCAUCCCAAAGUGAUGGGAGAGACAAAAAUGUCAAUGUGUUUGUUCAAAGGAGUUUACUUCGGCUUUUGGCUCCGCUGGAAAGUUUAAUUAGAGAAAAAUUAUCAGCAAAACAGCCCAAAGCACAUGACUGGUUUUGGUCUAAGCAAGUUCCAGCUGUAGUGGCUUCCUUUAUUAAUAAGUUUGAAGGGUCUGAAAAAAAUACGUGCCGGGGCUCAAGCAGUGCAAGUGACGUUUCGCUUCUUAUGCUUGUGCUAACAUGCAUUUCUGUAAUCCUUAAAGUUGGUCCGGCAAAACUUUCUUGUUCUCAAUUUUUUUCCAUGAGGGGAGAGAUAACUGGUAGUUUGUUGGACAUGCUGGUUGAUUUAAUUCCUAUAAGCCAGGCCUAUAGUUCUGUCAGGGAUGCUGGUUUGUGCAGAGAAUUUUUUGUUCAUUUUGGUCCUCGAGCUGCAGCAUGCGGAGGUAAAAUUGAGGGAGGUUCACCAGAGGUUGUUUUCUGGGUAAAUAUUGCUCAGAGGCAGCUACAAAAAGCUAUUGAUAAGGAGAGAAUAUGGUCAAGACUGACAACAUCUGAAAGUAUAGAGGUUUUGGAGAAAGAUUUAGCAAUAUUUGGGUUCUUCAUUGCUUUAGGCAGAAGUACACGGUCUUUUCUUUUAUCAAAAGGUUUCAAUACUCUAGAUGAUCCAGUUGAAGAUUUCAUUAGAUAUCUUUCUGUAGGCAGUGUUUUAUAUUACCCUGAGCUCUCAUCCAUAAGUUCAUAUCAAUUGUACGUGGAGGUGGUCUGUGAAGAGUUGGAUUGGUUUCCUUUUUAUCCUGGAAUCAGCAGCUCUACAAAACAACUACAUAUGCAUAAAAGUAAACAAGGUCCUCCAAAUGCUGAAGCAGUGCCCCAAGCCUUAGAUGUUUGCUCUCAUUGGAUGCAGAGCUUUAUAAAAUGCAGUACAUGGCUUGAGAGCCCUUCUAAUGUGAAAGCAGCUAAAUAUUUGUCAAAAGGGCACAAGAAGUUGAUGGAGUGCAUGGAAGUUGAGAUACUAAAGGAUAAGACAUUGGAGAUUAGUACCUACAAAGCAGUUGAGAGAUCUUCAGUUCGCACAACUGAAAAAGUAUCUGAUUCUUUUGCUAAGGAUUUAAAAAAUGUUGAAGAUGUUGUGCUAAGACUGGAGAAUUUGCUCCAAGAGUUGUAUGUAUCAAGUGCUAGUUGUGGAAAAGAGAAUUUGAAAGCAGCCUAUUCUGUUCUGGAAAAAAUACGGAAACUCAAGAAAGAAGCUGAAUUCCUGGAGGCAUCUUUCAGAGCAAAAGAAGAUUCUCUGCCAGAAGGAGUUAAUGUUGGUCAGUCCCAAAAUCCAGUUGGGGCAAAGCAAGAGUGUUUUAAAGCGAAGAGCAGAAACAAAGCUAAUGUGGAUAGAAGCAAAAAGUAUGAAAUAUAUAUCGGUAAAUCUCAGGGUUUCGGGAAUGACUUUGUACGUGACGUCACCAGGAAGCCUGAUAUGGAUGCAUCUGACAAUAAUAUGGAACUGUCUACAUCAAAUGAAGGUAUUGUGGACCCAGAUCCCAAUGAAACCCACCGCUUUGAACACCUCAGAAACGAGCUGGUAGAACUUGAGAGACGGGUUCAAAGAAGCACUUAUAAAUCAGAAAAUGAUGAGGAGUUGGUGCUUAUGGAUGGUGGUGCUCGUUAUAGUGAUGAUGUUGGAGUUGUUCAGAUGGUCCAGGUUCAGAAGGAAGGAAAUAUCAUAAAAAAAUAUUUUAGCAAGCUACAGGAAACAGGAAGAGAUGUUUGGCAAGGAACUCAACUUCUAGCUAUUGAUGCUGCCGCCGCCAUGGGUUUACUUAGAAGAACCUUGAUUGGAAACGAAUUGACUGAGAAGGAGAAGAAAACACUCAAGAGAACCUUUACUGACAUGGCUUCGGUUAUUCCAAUUGGAGUUUUAAUGCUUCUUCCGGUUACUGCUGUUGGGCAUGCGGCCAUGUUGGCUGCUAUUAAGAAAUAUGUACCAGCUCUGAUUCCAUCCACUUAUGCACCCGAAAGGUUGGAUAUCUUGAGGCAGCUUGAGAAAAUGAAACAAAUGACAACCAGUGAUGUGGAUUCAGAUGAGGAAGUAGAUGAAGUUAAUUGAGCAGAAAGAAAGCGGGUGCAGAUUUAUGUGUGGCAUCACUAGCAAAGUUGUCAUUCUUUGUGUUAUACAACUUGGGAUUAACAUUCUUUAUCAAUCCCAAAUUUUUUGAAACCGAUUUUGACAUAGAGAAAUUCCACGUGUCUGGCAUUCCAGAUGAGCACCAAUUGACUACAGUUCUGUAGGACCCAAUACUUGGAAUAUGUGAUGCUCAAAAACUGGAAAUUUCCAGCUUCCAUAUUCCAUGUGUUAGAUAAUCAAUCAUAUAUAGGCUUAUAGUUUGGUCAUUAUAUGGUUCGGUUUCAAGCUGUUGCAUUUUGUACAGGGUCUUUUUCUAGUUCUGUAUCUACGAUUCCAUGUAUUUGCUUUUUGCCUGCACUCCACGUGCCAUUGUUCAUUUAAUUAACACAUAGUUGACACAAUCUGAUGUUUCAUCAUCUGACAAUUGAAAACCCGUUUGUGAAAUGAAGCAAGAAUACAGAACA